AUGAACACCUUGCACUCUGUCAUCAAUUUUCUGCUGUUGCUGCAUGCCACCUUUGGACAUUUAAAUCAACAACAAUCUCAAGAGGAAACCCUGCCGGAAGUAGGCUGGUCUGAGAUGCACUCAACUCUCGUCACUCAACAACACCAAGCUCAGCAAUUCGCCCAAUCCACAGCUUUGCUCAAGGAGCUAGUUUCGACCUUGGAAGAAAUGCUCAAAUCGGAUGAUUUUGAGGCCAGAGUUUUCAUCGACAUCCGCAAUUUGAUUUCUCGCUUGGGCUCAGAGAAAAACGAAACCGAACAGUUUUUGAAAAAAGUCGAUAAUCAGCGGUUGACCAUUUUGAACAAGAAAGAGGAACAAAUGCGUGAGAAGAAACGGCUAGAAGAUGACGUGCCAAAGAUUAGAAACCCAAGAAACAUUCAAAGAGACUAUGAGAAUGAAGAGGACCUCUAUGAUCAUUUCUGCAUCGAGCAGCGUGAGCUGCUCGACGCGGAUGAAUUCUCGAGAGAAUUUGAAGACAAGCGG